UUGCCGGCCGCCAUUUGCCCGUCGGGACGCUCGUGGGCGACGGCACGCGGCAGGAAUGAAGACGGACAAGCGAGAGAAACACAGCAAGGCGCCGCUGAGUCCGCCGUCAUUGCUCAUCAGCGACGAUGAGCUGGUGACCAUCAGUGUUCGCGACCUGAACCGCCAGCUCAAGAUGCGUGGUCUAAACCGGGAGGAGAUGGUGCGCAUGAAGCAGAGGAGGCGCACGCUCAAGAACCGCGGCUACGCUGCCAGCUGCCGCGUGAAGCGGCUGGAGCAGAAGGACGAGCUCGAGACGGAGAAGUCGGCCGAGGAGCGGGAGCGGAUACGCGUCAUCGACGACAACAAACACAUGCGCGAAGAGAUCGAGUCAUACUAUCAGAAGUACGAGGCCAUCAGAAAAUUCGCGCACCAGAAGAACAUUCCGCUGCCUCUUGAGCUCGAACACGACACGCCGAGAAUCUGAGGCUGCCGUUGACCUGGUCGACUUGGCCGUGGUCGAUGAGGUCAAGCAUGUCGAACACUUGGGUACAGUAUUGAGCAAGUAUUAUUGUUUGAGGCCAGAUGUCGCGUGCCCACUUUAUUUGGUGACAGGGUAUGGGUGCUUUCGGAUUGAUGUGGUUGCGUGAAAUUCAGUCUUGGGUCUCAAUGAAUUGUUUAUCAUUCCCCAAAGCUCCAAGGUUGUUAUUGAUCCUGAUGUCUUGGCUUGUAAGUUCUUCAAUACGAAUGGUAAUUUUAGGAAAGCAGAAUUGGCCUGUGCACUGUAACGCAGUGAGAAUAAUAAGGUUCUUCCUUCGCGUUUCGCAGUUCAGGUACUUUUCCUGCAUCACAAACACACAGCCUAGCAAUUUGAGAUAUUGUCCACCCUAAACCAAGCUCUUCUCUGAUAGUCCGCCGCGCUAGUUUGGGCACCGUUUCAUGUCAUUUCGUUGCCUGUGAAAAUAUCGUUAGUGACAUCGGAAGAAUUUUGCCGUCCCACACCGUUGGAAUCUUAAUCAUUGAUAAACAAGCGUAUUUCUGCGCUGUGCUGCCACCGGCAAAUGAAUUUAUGAUGUCCGUAUCUACUGUCGAGUUUGAAGUGUUCAUGUCCGAAUCUAUCGUCGAGUUUGAGGUGUUCAUUCACUAACGUGCUGUGCUUGCUUGCACUAAUAAACUACAAAGGCAGCAACGCUGCCGACUGUA